AUGGCCGACGACAGUGUCGGGCGCCGUAUGCCUUUCGCGUUCCUCGCCGAGGUCGAGCGACGUUACUCUCCCGAGACGGUCCAGGCCGCAGGUGACCAUGGACUCGAUGACUUUGAGAGCGAGCUGUCCAAGCAAUACACGGAGGCCCCACCGGCCGACCCGCUGAAGCAGGCGCGCAGCGACCUCGACAAUGUCAAGGACAUCAUGGUGCAGAACAUCGACUCGAUCCUGCAACGCGGCGAGCGGCUCGACCUCCUCGUCGACAAGACGGACACGCUCGCAGGACAGGCGUACGCCUUCCGCCGCGGAGCGCGCGCUGUUCGCCGCCAGCAGUGGUGGAAGAACACCAAGAUCACCGUCCUCACGGGCGUCGUCUGUGUCUUCAUUCUGUACCUCUUGUUCGCGAAUUGGUGCGGGCUCACGCUCGGCCACUGCGGCGGCAAGUAA